GUGGAGGUGCAAGCGGGGUUACGGAAAGCGCGUGAAGAAGCCGGACUGCUCCGUGCGUUCCUGCGGAACUGUUCGCUCCCUUCGCCGCGCCUCUGGGCUGCCACAGGGCCAUAAGGAGAGCCGGCUCUCCAGCCCGCUUCCCCCUCCCCUGCCCCGCGCUGCCGCCGGGAGAGCGGGGCGGGAGCGGGGCAGGAGCCGGGCGGGGCCGCGCCCGCCCCGGGCCCGCCUCUCCGGCAGCGCCGCGGGCGCGGAGCCCGCCCGGCCCCGGGAGCGGAGCCGCUCCUGCCGCGGGGCCAUGGCCCUGCUCCCGCGGCGCUUCCUCUGCUUCGUCCUGGCCCAGCACUUCAUCGCGGCCACGGCGUGCCAGGAGGCCGACUACGGCUCCAUGAUCCGGCACUACUGCCUCAAGGACUUCCAGGACAGCAUGGAGGGCAUCGGCCAGCGCCUCUGGUGUGACUGGGACGAGACCGUGGGCACCUACGGGGAGCUCACCAACUGCACGGCGCUGAUCGCCGAGAAGCUCGACUGCUACUGGCCCAACCGGCUGGUGGACGAGUUCUUCGUGGCCGUGCACAAGCAAUACUUCAGGAACUGCUCCCCGUCGGGCCGGGCGCUGCACGACCCCCCGAACGGCGUGCUGUGUCCCUUCAUCGUGCUGCCCGUGCUGGUCACCCUGCUGAUGACGGCGCUCGUGGUGUGGAGGAGCAAACGCAGCGAGGGCAUCGUGUAGGGGCGGCGCGGGGGGGCCGGGCGGCUCUGCCCCGGAGCGAGCCUGCCGGAGCGGCGGCACCGAGGGCACCGAGCCCCGGAGAGAGGGACGGCAUCGCCGCGGCUCCUCCUCCGCCCGUGGGCCCGCUGCUUUCCCAAUAAAUGGCGUUCUAGCGCUGGGUGUCGGGCGGAGCGGGCAGCGGGGACUCGGCGGGGCUCAGCCCGCACCGCCUCUCCCAGCCGCUGUCGUGUGCCGAGCAGGGGAAUUGGAAAGGGAAAAAACCCAGGGGGUACGGGGAAUUGAAAUCCUGCCAGCCCCGCGGUGCCAGCGGGUCUGGGUGCGCCUGAACAUCCUCGGCUUCCUCUGUCCUGUUCUGGGUUCCCCCCACUCGUGGAAAGGCAUCUUCUCCCCCAGCCCCCGCACAAGGACUGGGCUUUGCCUGGGAGGUGGGGAACAGCGCGGGGAAGUCGGUGGUGGGAGCGGGAGGCACCGCUGGUGCCCUGGGGCUACUGACAAGGAAUGGGAAUAAGGUGCUUUUCCUACCUGAAUAAAUAAAUAAAUACAUGAAUCAACCA